AUGUCACAUAAAAGCAAAUGUCUAUUCGAGUUCACUUUAUACAACAUUUCAAAACUCCAGGGCGAUAUUUACAGCCCGCCGUUUGCAACCUCGAGCGAUAUGUAUUGGCAGUUAGUCUUUAACAGGUCUGCACAUGAUCAUCCCAAAUAUUGUUCAUUAGGUCUGAGAGCAAUACCCAAUCCUGAAGAAGAACACGAGUCAGGAGUAUGGACAAAGCGUGGGACGCUCUCGGCUAUAAUAUUCGUAAAGGACCCAAGAACACUCAAACGUAUCGACUAUGGCGAGGCCGAACUGAACGGAUUCACGGCUACGCGAAGAGGAUAUGGCUGGAAGGAUUUUUGCAACUCUUCAGAUCUUCCAUCGCAUGAAGAAGUAACUUUUGGAGUCGAAUUUACAUCAGGGGAAGUAUCUUCACUUCCGCAGGAUUCCACCCUUCCUUCAAAAACCUUUCCAAAAGAUCUCACCGAGGCCUGGUUAGAUAAACUCAACGUCCCGGAAUGUGCGGACGUUCAGUUCAAUAUUAACGACCAUGUGAUAUACGCUGAUUCGGUUAUUCUCUCAAAACGAUCAGAAUAUUUUCAAAAGUUCUUUGGGGGUGAAUGGUCAGAGAACAGACGAAAGAGCAUUAGAAGAUAUCCGACGAGAUCGUCGAGAGAUCACAGCGAUAGAAGUUUGGAAAGUAAGACGGCAGUAUCUAUGAAUGACGUGGUUGCAACAAAUGGAAAGACGGCUGGGUAUCAGUUUGAGAUUGAUAUACCAGAUUAUCAUCAUCUUACGUUUCUGGAGAUGUUGAGAUUUCUCUACACAGAUCAAGUGACUUUUUCGAAGCGUAAAGAUUCGCAUCAAACCUGCAUGGAGCUUUUCGACAUAGCUGAUAAAUAUCUAAUAGCAGAUCUACGUCAACGAGCAAAAGCCAAGAUUUUGCAAGAGAUUUCUCCCAACAAUGCGACUGAAAUUCUCUUCAACUUUUCUUGGAAAUGGCCAGACUUGAAGGAAGAGGUUAUGAAAUAUGCCAUUGAACAUUGGCAGCAAGUGAUAAGGACAUCAACGUACAAGGCGUUUAAGAACAACCCUGCAGUAUAUCCCAUGUCCAGUGAAGUAUUGAUAGAAUUAUUGGAUCGUUUUACACCUUCAGUAGAGGAAGAACGAGUUUCUACCAAAAUUGAUUCCUAA